UCCACGCUGGUGCUGGCCACGCCGAGCACAGCCUUUGGCCAGGCCUUCCAAUACGGCUGCAACAUCGCUGUGGUUAACACACCGCACAAGGUCUUGAAGUCCUUUUAUAAUGAAACCUACUUUGAGCGACACGGAACCUUCAUGGACGAGAAAGUCAUGCUGCUGCUGUGGUCUUGCACCAUGUCCAUGUCUCCUCUGGGCGUCUUGGUGGGGUCCCUGCUUAUUGGCCUGCUGGUUGACAGAUGUGGCAAAAAGGGAACACUGCUGAUCAACAAUGACUUCGCCAUCCCUGCCAUCCCGAAGGGAGUCAGCAAAGUGACCAAACCUUCCGAGCUGAUCAUCUUUUCUCGAGUGGCACUGGGAUUCUGUGCAGGCACCUCCUACAGUGCCCUUCCCAUGUAGCUGGGAGAGUUAGCUCCCAAGAACCUUAGGGGUGCUCUGGGAACAAUGACGGAGGUGUUUGUCAUCGUGGGAAUCUUCCUAGCACAGAUCUUCGGCCUGCAAGCCAUCCUGGGCAACCCUACAGGCUGGCCUGUGCUCUUGGUGCUCACGGGGGUCCCCGCACUGUUUUGGCUCCCUCUGCCAUUCUUCCCCGAGAGCCCCAGGUCCACCCUGAUUCAGAAGAGAGAUGAAGUUCGACAAGCUCUGCGGAAGCUGAGAGGCUGGGCAGAUGUGGAGGACGAGGUGGAAGAAACGCGCGUGGAGGACCAGGCCGAGAGGGCCGAGGGCCUGUCUGUGCUCAGCCUCUUCACGUGUCCGCCUGUCCACUGGCAGCUGGUCUCCAUCGUCUUGCCCAUGGCCGGCCAGCAGCUCUGCACGGUCAACGCGGUCAGCUACUACGCGGACAUGAUCUACGCCUCCCUCGGCUGGCAUGGAGGGGCUCAUUCCGUAACAGUGGGUGCCAGCGUGGUGAACACAGGGAUGAGCUUCAUCUUGGCAGGCGCUGUCGAGCGGCUGGGUAGGCGGCGCCUCCCAAACGGCAUCCGCGUCUCGGCGCUGAGCUUCCAGGUCGGACCUCGCUCUUCUGCCCGGAAGGAACGGGGCGGGGGCACGCAGAGGGAGCCCUGGAGGCCCACGCAGGUGCUCAGAAAUCCAGGUGUGGCUCCUUCCUGUGGCAGGAAGAGCACGGUCCCUGAGCUGUCUUACCUUGGCAUCAUCUACAUCACAGGACAUUCCAUCGGGCCCAGUCCCGUGCCCUCCGUGGUGAGGACCGAGAUCUUCCUGCAGCCCUCGCCCGCCUUCGCAGUGGACGGGGCCGUGCUCGGGCUCACCAGUGUCAUCGUGGGCUUCGUGUUCCCGUCCAUCCAGGAGGUCAGUGGUGCCUACAGCUUCAUUAUCUUUGCCGGAAUCUGCCUCCUCACUGCUGUUUACAUCUACGUGAUCAUUCCUGAGACCAAGGGCCGAACAGUUGUGGAGAUAAAGUGGAUUUUUGCCCAGAGAAACAGAGUGGAGUUUCUGGAGAAGAAAGAAGAAAUCACAGAUGCUGGGCCUCACAUACCGUCUCUGCCUACCAGGGAGACUUCCUUUUAG